UGGCCUUUGGACUAGAAGAAACAUAGCCAUAUGAAAGUAAUUUGAAAGUAUCAUACUUUGUUUAUUGAAUUAAAUUGAUGAUGCAUCAAUUUAAUUCAUUUGCUCAUUAAAAAGAACCAAAUCAUGGUCCUGACUCAGAAUAUACCAGGCACAUGUUUGAUGAAAUUGUUAGGGAAAUCUGUCAUUGUCAGGCUAGGAUUUAUCUGUAAAAUCAGUGGGCCUACAUAGCUGGGGCACUGGUUAAAUCAUCUACCAGCAAGAUAACUUUCUGCAACUAACCAGCCAAACCAUGACCUUGAAAGUCUAGUGAAAUAACCUAGAUAGUCUAUUAAUAGGCUACUGGCUAUAAAACUGCAUCUAUGAAAUAUCUUGUAGCCUACAUAAUUCUCACAACGACAAAAGCAUAAUUAGCUCAAAUCAAAUUUACUGGCCAACUUUUGUAGAUGUGAGGUUAUUUGGUUUGAAAACAGUGUUUUGAAUUGAUUGCCUCUACCUCUAAACAACCUUUCAAAUUCCCUGAAACCGGUGUCCUUGCUUUGAAACCAGUUGAAACCACAAUAUGUCUACAGUAAACAGUAUACAGAAUGCGGAAACUAGUUUAACUAUUUAGCUGAAAAAACCUGCAAGGUUAGUUAUUGUUGAGCUGUUGUUUGGUCUGUUAUCAUAAAAUGGCAGAUGGCAGUAUUUCGGUGGGACAGGACCAGUUCACCUGUCCAGUGUGUCUAGAUCUACUGAAGAAUCCAGUGACCAUUCCCUGUGGACACAGUUACUGCAUGAGCUGUAUUACAGGCUGCUGGAAUCAAGAGGAUCAGAGGGGAGUUUACAGCUGCCCUCAGUGCAGACAGACCUUCAGUCCAAGACCUGCUUUAUGUAAGAAUGUGGUGUUUGAUGAAAUGGUGGAGAAACUGAAGAAGACUAAACUACAAACUGCCGUUCCUGCUGGUGCCUCCUGUCAGAGUCAUUUUGAUCGUCAUGAAGAAUUUUGGUCAAGUAAACCACACAAAGUGAUCAAUGCCACUGGACGACUGCAGCAGAUGAUCUGUCCUCAACAUCAUAAACAACUGGAAAUCUAUUGCCGGACUGACCAGCACUAUAUUUGUUACUUGUGUGCAGUGGAUAAACACAAACACCACAACACUGUAACAGCUAUAGCAGAGAGGACAGAGAAACAGAAACAUCUGGAACAAACACAAAGAGACUUCCAGCAGAGAAUCCAGCUGAGAGAGAAAGAUCUUCAGGAGCUGAGAGAGGUUGUGAAGACUCAUAAGCGCUCUGCAAAGGAAGCAGUGCAAGACACUGAGAGGAACUUUACUGAACUGAUGCGCCUCAUUGAGAGAAACCGAUCUGAAGUCACACAGCUGAUCAGAGAUCAGGAAAAAGCUGCAGUGAGUCGAGCUGAAGAACACAUGAAGCAACUGGAGCAGGAGAUUGAUGAUCUGAGGAGGAGAGACACUGAACUGGAGAAGCUUUUACAAACAGAUGAUCACAUCCAUUUUCUUCUGAGUGUCGAGUCUUGCUCUGUUCCUCCACAAACUAUGUAUGUUCCCAGAAUCACACCUGAUUCUCAUCUCUUAUAUGAAGAUGUGGGAAAAUCUGUUCUUUUGCUAAAAAAGAGGGUUGAGGGUUUCUGCAAAGAAGUGAUAGGCAAGAUAUCUUGUACAGUGCCAUACAUUGAGAUCAUUUCCACUUCUGAGGAGAGAAUACAGUCACCACAGAAACAGUCCUGGGGCACAAUACCAGGGUCACCAAGUGGUCGUCCCCAAAAGGCAUGGUCACAAAGCAGAUCCUUGUCAGAUUCAAAGUACUGGCAUUUCACAGAAUAAAAGUCACAACACAGACCCUCCACAUUGCCAGGAUGAUGUGUCAGACCCUCUACAGCACCAAAGUAACGGCCCAGACCAUCACUGAGUUCUGCUCACCAAGGCAGAGAACAUUUCUUAUACUGCUCAGCUGCUGUGUUAAUGGAAUGGCUGCACAAAAUUAGUUUAUAGCUGCAGCAUAUGAUUUUUUAAAAGACAAUUCAGAAAAAUAUUCCUAUUACCGGUAUAUUCCUAUUUUUCUUUGGAAAUCUGCUAUCUAUCUUUUUAUCUAUCUAUCUAUCUAGAUAGAUAGAUUUAUUAGGAUAUUAUCAUCUUUGUUUAACUUUAUACAUGUUACAGGAAAUAUAUUUACCAUUUCUUCAGGUGUUUAUAUAGCUAUGUAUCCAAUUAUGUAUCUAGC